AUGGGGAAGCACUUGUCGCGAUGGAAGUGGGGGAUCGAGGAGAUUGCAGUAGUGGACCAGUACACAUACCUCGGAGUAGAGAUCGCAAAAGACUGCUCGUGGAAUGCACACAUGUCCAAGGUAGCGGAAAAGAGCAAAGCACGAGCAGGAAAGCUGCAUCCAAUACUCGCAAACCGGCACCUCGAUACACGCAUCAAAUUGACGGUUUUGAAGAGCGUAAUCGUACCGCCGCUAGAGUACGCCGGAGAAGUAUGGGAAGGAAAUAAGAAGGUAGU